AUGAGUGAGUGUAGUGAAGCUCCUGGACUCCCGGUGAACUCAGUUCCAGCCUCUGAGGUUCCCUACAGUCUGUCCUUUUCUGCACGAGUGUCCUCUCCUCGUCCAGUUUCCAAAGUAGAGUCCAGCUGUUCUCUGGAGCCUCUUCAGUUCCUGAACUCUGAUCACACAGAGGCUGCUGUUAAGCUGGCUGCAGGACACAAGUUUGACAGAGAUGUAGAGCUGCUGAUUUAUUACAAAGAUGCUCACCAGCCCUCUGCUGUGGUGGAGGCAGGACAGGACUCUGCUGAGCCUGGCACUCUGAUGGGUGAUCCUGUGGUGAUGCUGAGUCUGUACCCAGAGUUCCCAGAGUCUGUGAUGUCCUCACUCGCCUCAUGUGGAGAGUUUGUGUUCUUGUUGGAUCGAUCUGGAAGCAUGCGCUGUACAAUCAAUAAGAGCAACCAGCAAGAAAGUCGCAUCAGCAGUGCAAGGGAUACUCUGCUGCUCCUGUUGAAGAGUUUACCAAUGGGCUGCUACUUCAACAUCUAUGGUUUUGGAUCCAGAUUUGAUCAAGUUUUUCCGAAUAGCGUGGAAUACAGUGAGGAGAGCAUGGAGAAGGCUCUGAAGAAAGUUGAGGGGAUGCAGGCUGAUCUGGGAGGAACAGAGAUUCUUCGGCCUCUCAAACACAUUUACAGUCAGCCCUUCAUCUCCAACCAGCCUAGACAGCUGUUUGUCUUCACUGAUGGACAGGUGGGGAACACAAAGGAAGUUCUGGAUCUAGUUAGGAAGAAUGCAGCUUCUCACAGGUGUUUCUCUUUUGGGAUUGGAGAAGGAGCCAGCUCUGCUCUCAUCAAUGGGUUGGCUCAGGAGGGCAGAGGUCACGCUCAGUUCAUCACAGGAAGUGACAGGAUGCAGGCAAAAGUGAUGCAGUCACUGAAGUUUGCACUACAGCCUGUUGUCAAAGACAUCUCUGUCACAUGGGAUUUACCAAAGGGAGUGUCUGCCACUGUCCUCUCUCCACCAAUCACAACCAUUUUCCAGGGUCAGAGGUCACUGCUUUAUGCCCAACUGUGUGGAAAGAGUUCACAAACUGACUGCAGUGUGACGGUGAAUUACACUCUGGGAGAUCAUCACUAUAAGAACCAGAUGCAGUUUGACCUGAAUCCUGCAAAGGACACUGGGUAAAACACAUUCAUUUUUAAUAUGAUUUUUU